AUGGAUUCCUACUUGUCAUACGACGCCGUCGUCGUUGUCAUCGCUCUCUUAUUCCUCCUGUACACAUUCGGGAAGAGACGUUCAUAUCCUGACUUUCUACUGCCUCCCGGACCAAGAGCGCUUCCUAUCAUUGGCAAUGCUCACCAGUUUGGGUCUAGAUCGCCUCAGGAGGUCUUCGAUGACCUGGCGCAGGAAUGGGGCGGUAUAGCGUAUCUACGAAUCUUUGGCGCCCCUCUCGUCGUUGUCAGCUCUGCGCGCGUUGCGCGGGAGUUGACAGAGACACAUAGCAGGAGCACCUCAGACAGGCCGCAGUUGGUGUUGUUCACGGAACUCAUGGACUUUUCAAACGACAUGGUGAUCAUGCGUUAUGGCGACAGAUGGCGCAGGCAUCGACGAUGGAUCCAAGACAUCUUACAAAACAAGAAGGAAGUCUUCGAUCUGUCAGCCAUGCAGCGGGAAGGGACUAUUAGAUUGCUUAAAAGCCUUCUUGAAAGCCCGGAUGCGUUCAGGACGCAUAUCAAGAUAUGGUCGGCGGAGAUGAUGAUGAAGCUGGCGUAUGGCUUCGAAAUCACGACAACGGACGACAAGCGCCUCAAACUCGUUGAAGAAGUACUUGAAGCAAGUUCGGAUACGUCGGCACUCGCGGUGACACUGAUGGAUGUGUUCCCAAUGGUGAAAUACAUCCCGAAGUGGUUCCCGGGAGCCGGCUUCAAGCGAAAAGCUCUACAUGUUAGUGCGGUUCGCCAUCGGGUCCAGGACAGUCUUCAGCAGGAAAUUAAACAGGCGAUGAUGUCUGGAUCCGCAAAGCCCUCCAUGACAUCUCGUCUUCUGGAGAGUGCUUCUGGAGAGCUCGAAAAAGAAGCCGAAUGGGAUAUUAAAGGCAGAGUGGCUGAUAUAGGACAACAGUCUGCGUCCGCCUUGACGGCCUUCUUCCUGGCAAUGGUUCUAUACCCUGAAGUUUAUGCGAAAGCUCAACAAGAAGUUGACGAGGUCAUCGGCCGAGAUCGCCUUCCGGAUCCCGCAGACAGAAGUUCCUUGCCAUACAUGGAGUGCAUCCUGAAGGAAUUGUUUCGUUGGGCGUGCCCUGUGCCUCUCGGAAUACCGCACAGCCUGAUGGACGACUGUCAAUACAAUCAGUUCCGACUUCCUGGAGGUUCGAAGCUAAUAUUCAACCAGUGGGCUAUGACCCGAGACGAAACGAUCUAUCCUAGUCCAGACGAGUUUAUACCAGAGCGGUUCCAGAGUGACGAAAAUGGUCUGAAAGGCAUGGAGCCUGUCGAGGAUCCACGCGGCAUUGUCUUCGGAUUCGGGCGUAGGAUCUGCCCAGGGAGACACAUGGCUGACAACUCUGUGUGGCUUGCAAUUGUCACGGUCACAGCCAUGUUAUCCAUCAGCAAAGCGGUCGCAGCCGAUGGGAAGGAAAUUUUGCCUGUGCCGACCGUGCCCUCUCGACCCGACCCAAUCAGAAGUUACGAGGAGUUCAAGUGUAUCAUACGCCCGCGAUCACAAGCGAUCGUCACUACCAUCAUGCAAGCGGAUCUGAGGCGGGCGUAG